AUGAAUCUUAGACAAUUAUAUUCAGUUGAGAAAUCCGCUGAAAGAGGUAAUGUUUUAUGGAUUCCAGAUAUAUAUGGAAAUCUUCCUGAGUAUCUUCUGGUUGCUAGUGAAACUUUACGUUUAUAUGAAGAUAUGGACUCGAGUUUAAUUUUCAGGGGAGAAUUUGGAAAUAAUCAUCGAAAUAAUCCAAUAGUUUCCUGUGGAUGGUGUUCUCAUGAUCCUCAGUAUAUAUGCAGUGUGCAGUUGAAUGGUUCCUGCAAUAUAUGGUCACUAGAAAGAAAAAACGAAGUCAUUACUUUCGACCUUCAACACUUUUAUAAUCCAAAUUGGAAUAAUGUUAACACUAAUGUAGGAAUGUGUUUUUAUCAAGGUAGUUUCAAGCAUUGCUUUUUGACAUAUAGUGACAACAAAGUGAAUCUUUUAAAUGAUGUAAGAUCUCCAUCAAGUUUUCGCGUAUACGAUUUCGAGAAUAGAAUUUUUAGGGUUAAAUGCUCAACUAAUAGCCCUUGGCUUGUUGCAUGUGCCGAAAGAAAAAAUAUUUCAUUAAUAGAUGUCAGAUAUCCUACUACAGUAAUUGCUUCAAUGUCUUCUUUUGAUCCACUUGAAGAUGCAAGUUGUUUUUCAUGGUCUUUAUAUGAUGAGAUAGCAAUUGGAACUGAAAAAGGAAAAGUCUUAUUAUGUAUCCAAGUUGUAUUAUGUAUGUAUAUCCAUUAUUAUGUAUCCAAAUUAUCGGUUUACGGGUAG